ACCAAGAAAUAAAAAUCAGCCACUGAAGCCACGGCAAGCCGACAACUUCGGGUUGAUCAAGAAUUUCCUCAAUGGUUCGUAGACGAUUCCAAGAUGCCAAAGCAGGUAUGUCAAUGGUGAAAUCAUUCAAUGCCGAGAAAUUCCUGAAGAAAGUCGGUUUAGGUAAAGAAGACCAUUAUUUCUGGAAGCAAGUGGGCAAGGCACUGCUAUGCACAUAUACACUUUUUGGCAUGGCCUGGCUUUGGAAUGAAACUUCACCGUUGGGUUGGUGGACGCUGAAACCGAAACCUAAGGAAGAGAAAGAGCUGGCUCAUUUGUACGAGCGCCGAAAGUUCCCUUACCCGGGCGACGAUGAGGCCAUGAAGGAUUUCAUUGCUAAAGGUGGCAUGAUCGGAACGACCAUUGGGCCAAAAGGGGUCAUUGAAACAGAUAAGGAUUCGUACAAUUAUCAAAAGGCAUUGCAAGACAAGAAAUUUAAUCAAGAGGCUUUGAAGCUAUGGUUGAGGAUGAGAAAUGAGGUUAUUUCUGAACUUCAAGAGAAAGGGUUUGGUGUUGAAUGAAUGCUUUCAGUGUAUUUCUACUACUUUAAAUGUCAAGUAGUGUUUAACAAGAAUAUUGUGGUUUUGUCGGAUGAGAUGUUGAUGUUCUGUGUAAUUUAAUUACUAUGCAUUACGUUCUGAUGGCCUUCAGUAUCAGUCAA